AAUUGCAUUUUGCAAUUCUUAUUUCAAAAAAUCAUAUCAAAGUAUCAUGUCACCGACCCCUGGUGCGCGUACUCCCCGUCGCGUACAAUGGGCAACCACGGAGGACCUCCAUGAACCAGAUUCACACGCACUAGACGAGAUGGCACAAGACCCAAACGCGUUCGAAACACUCAAAGACGCACUAGAGCGCCACCGUUCUUACUCCUUAAAUUCUCCUUCCAAAGCAGACACACACACCUAUCCCCCAAGUACACCCACUUCAUCCGCGCCCACAUCCCCCACAUCUUCCACCCAAUUCCUCCCCUGCCGCACCCACGCCCUCCCAGGUGAAGUCUUCAUAGACCCCCUAGAAAGCGCAGGCCUCCCUCUCUCUUCAAGACAACAAAGCGGCGACUCUGAAAUCACAGCAGACGGCCACGUCGAACACCUCGCUGUACGCGAAGCAGCAGGCGUCGUCAGAGCCCACACAAAACGAUGGCGUAUCCCAGGUCGUCGUCACCGCUCCAGACCACGCUCACGAGCUCCAGACCCAGAAAAAGAGAACAGAGGCACAGACACAGACGACCCCGACGAGGUAGAGGAAUCCCCACAGCCGCGUCAACCCCCCAAGAAAUCAUGGUGGCAUUUCCACACUCCCCCAUCAGUCGCUCCUACACCCCACCACCCCCCACGUUACGCCCAAACCCACGCCCCUUACGACCCCGAAUCCCAUCCUCCCUUGCACCCUUCUCAGCCUAAACUGGGCUCUGGCGUGCUGGGCGCCCUCUUGGCCCUCUACGGCAACGAACACGACGACCACGCACAAAGCGGAGACGAAUCAGACCUCUCCAACCCCGACCUUCCAUGGCUUCCCCACCCCAAAUCCAAAUCCCAACAAAAACACAAACACAAAAAAUCAUACUCCCUAUCCCACGCACACUCCGCCUCCCUAGGCCACACCAUCCACUCCGCCUCAAGCAGCACCGCCUCCCUCCUCUCCUCCCUCAAACCCAAAGAGAAACCACCGUCGAGUAUGGCGGCGCUUAUCACAGGCGCUGGGACCCUUACGGGUGCUGCUGCUCCGAUGCAGUUGGGCUUGGCGCCUGAUUUGAAGAGGGGGUAUGGGCUUGUAAGGUAUCGGUAUGAGGAUGGCGAGGGGGCUCCGUCCGAAGUCGAUUUAGGCGAGGGAACCGUUACCGGGCCCGUCGAAGGAGAAGGAUCAAAGCGAACCCCUCCCCGUCUAAGCUUACGUCUCCCCCGUCGCUCCAAAAGCACCGAUUUCGAUUUCACAAAAGGGGUAGGCGGGACCGUCGAAGAAGACCACGAGGGUGAAGUCGCGUCUAAAGCCCCCGUCCGACCCCCCCGACUCGAAACUGAAAUAGAUCCGGAAGUGCAGGAAGAAGAAGAAUAUUUUUCUCCUCAAGAUACGCUCGUUCCACCACCUACCACAGCGACGACAGCGUCGACACCCACACCAACUUCCACCACUGAGUCAACCCCGCCGACAAAGUUGCCUACCGCUGAGCUCAAAAAGUCGAAGCGGUGGAAAGGAGUGUUGAGGGAUUUACCGCACCCGUUGCAUGGGGGGCAUUUCAAGGGGAUGGGGUUUUCGUUGAGUAUGCCUGGGACGCCUUUGCGCCAUCCUGUUAGUGCUAGUGGGGAGUCUACACCUGGGACUGGGACUGGGACGAGGGCGAGUAGCGUCGCUGGUUCGCCCGAUGAAAAGGAAAAGGAACUCGAUGGGAAAGAAAGAGCCGACAGUGAUUAUUUCGGUGCCAAGUGGUUAGAAGAGCAGAAGGAGAGGGAGAGGAGGGGGAGAAAGGAGAGGGAGAGGAGGGAGAAGGAGAAGAGGCGGAAGAGGAAGAGAGCGGAGGUUUAUAUCACCCAUCACGUAGCAGCGAUCCUCCAACGCCAAGAAUUCAUCCUCAAACUCGCACGCGCGAUGAUGAUGUUCGGAGGCCCCUCGCACAGGCUCGUCGCGCAGAUCCAAAGCACAGCGCGUGUUUUGGAGCUAGAGCUGAGCUGUAUGUAUCUGCCUGAUGUCAUGUGGAUCAGCUUCGAAGAUAACGCGACUGGGACGAGUAAUGUCAAGUUUAUAAGGCAGGGGAGUAAUUUGGAUUUGGGCAAGCUUGGAGAGGCGCAUGGGUUGUAUUGGGAUGUCAUCCACGACGUCAUUUCCGUAUCCUCAGCCAGCAGUGCCCUCGACACCCUAAUGCGCAAAAAGCCGAUCUACUCCUUCCCCCAGCUCAUCUUCCUUGGGGGGAUGUGCAGCAGCAGCAUCUGCAGCGUCUCAUUCAACGGAUCCUUCAUCGACUGUCUCGUCUCCUUCCCCCUCGGUGCGCUCCUCGUGACCAUCCAGCUCCUCAGCGUGCGCAACGAGCUGUAUGGGAACGUGUUUGAGAUCACGGUCGCGACGCUGCUGAGCUUUUUGAGCGCUGCGCUUGCUAGUACGAAGAGGGUUUGUUAUGAGGCUGUUGCUAGUAGUAGUGUGGUGCUUAUUUUACCUGGCUUCAUAGUCCUAAACGGCUCCCUCGAAAUCUCCUCCCGCUCCCUAAUAGCAGGUUCCGUGCGCCUCUGCUACGCCCUCAUGUACAGCCUCUUCCUCGGCUUCGGCCUAGCGAUCGGUGCAGAGCUCUAUCAGACGAUGCUGGGGAAAGCCCUAGUAGGCGGCACUGAUUUCAUGUGCACGGCGAGCCACGACCCGGAGGGCGGGUGGUGGCAGCGCACGCCGAGUUUGUGGUGGGCUUUUUUGAGUGUGCCGUUGUAUAGCUUGUUUUUGAGUUUGAGGUUUGGGGCUGUUGUUGGGAGGAGGGAGUUGCUUCUCCUAGUCGCCAUCUCAUGUAUCGGAUGGGUGACGAACCAUUUCGUAAGCACCAAAUUCCCGAACCAGAGCGAUAUAUCGGCUGCUGUUGGGGCGUUUGCUGUGGGGUUCGUGUCGAAUCUCUAUGGGAGGUUUUUUGAGGGCAACGCGUUUGUCGUCAUGAUCACAGGCAUCCUCUUCCAACUCCCCUCAGGCCUAGGCAACGGCGGACUCUUCAACUUUGUCGUCGACCAAACCUCGGGCUCUAGUUCCUCCUACCUAAGCGGGUUCAAGACGGCGCUGCAGUUGAUCAGCACGAGUAUUGGGUUGACUGUGGGUCUUGGAAUUAGUUUGGUACUUGUGCAUCCGAUUCAGAGUAGGAGGAGGGCUGCGGGGGUGUUUAGUUUGUAGGGGGUGUUGGUGUUGGCGUUGAUAUGCGUUCUUUUGCUUUGCUUUCGUGCAUUUUGUUGCAUCGUUUUUUGCUAAAUCUGCAUGUCGCAUUUAAUAGAUGCAUAGAUAGAUCAACCAUCCAUGCUUUCCUCGACUUUUAGUUGGCGUUUAAUUUCCUUUUAUAAUAGAUGCUCGUCUAACUACUCACAUGGACUCGCAUUUGCUUUCCUAUGGACAUCGUCUUCAUUUUCAUACACUCAUUUAUGAUUUGGCUGCGCACAUUCGUUUUCAUUUUGGUAGUUGCUUGGACUCCACAUCAUGUACUAUAUACAUCGCAAUUCGUUGGUUCGCGUA